GGGAGCUGCCUUUCCCCUAUUUGAGAGGAGAGAAGGGAAGGGAAGCGGAGACGUGGCCUCUGGAGAGCUGUGUGCAAGUUUGCUUCUGGCUAAAAGUUAAUCAUCAAUCGCUUGUGUUCUGAGGUCUGAGUCCCCAACAAGCGGCUAAUGCAGCUUUUUCCUCUCUCUCCAGGUAAUCUGGAGUCUGCUCUACCUCUCCCUUCAUAUUGCCUUCAAAUAUUGCUCAUCAACAUAAAGUGACCAGGCUUACAUAUACACAGCACCCAAAGAAAUCUGUUAAAGUGGACAUCUGACAACAGGUUACUUAAGUCUCCAGAAGAGGUGCAGAGAUGCCAUCGGAGACUGGUAUACCACCUCCACACCCCCUCCCUCCGGAUGGAGGGUGGGGUUGGGCAGUAGUCGGAGCAUCCUUUAUCUCCAUUGGAUUUUCAUAUGCCUUCCCCAAAGCUGUCACAGUGUUCUUCAAAGACAUUCAGGAAAUGUUCCACGCCAGCUACAGUGAAAUUGCGUGGAUAUCAUCCAUCAUGCUGGCUGUCAUGUAUGCAGGAGGUCCCGUCAGCAGUAUCCUGGUGAAUAACUACGGCAGCCGGCCAGUGGUGAUAGUUGGAGGGUUGUUAUGCUGUACCGGAAUGAUCUUGGCUUCCUUCAGUAACAGCGUGAUACAACUUUAUCUCACAGUUGGCUUUAUCGGAGGUUUAGGAUUAGCGUUCAACCUGCAACCAGCCUUAACAAUAAUCGGAAAGUACUUCUACAGGAGGCGCCCCAUGGCGAAUGGCUUGGCCAUGGCUGGAAGUCCUGUUUUCUUAAGCACACUGGCCCCUUUCAAUCAGUACCUAUUUAACAAUUAUGGCUGGAAGGGAAGCUUCCUGAUUUUGGGAGGCAUAUUUUUGCACUCCUGUGUGGCUGGGGCCCUCAUGAGACCGGUCCAGAAAACCCCACGUAAGUCGAAGUCUAAAAGUAAGGUUGGUUCAAGACAUGAUGCAAAUAUGAAGAAAGUCAGCAAGAUGUCAACAGCAGAACAGAUUAAUAGGUUUUUAGAUUUCAGCCUUUUUAAGCAUAGAGGAUUUUUGAUCUACCUAUCUGGAAAUGUCAUUAUGUUUCUAGGGUUUUUUGCCCCUAUUAUAUUCUUGGCUCCAUAUGCUAAAGACAAAGGAGUGGACGAAUAUAACUCAGCUUUAUUGUUGUCUGUGAUGGCUUUUGUUGAUAUGUUUGCUCGACCUUGUGGAGGAUUAAUAGCCAACUCCAGGUUAAUCCGCCCACGAAUCCAGUAUUUCUUCAGCUUUGCGAUCGUGUUCACUGGCAUAGUCCAUCUCCUCUGCCCCCUGGCAGAUACCUACGCAGCCUUGGUGGUCUACGCUAUAUUCUUUGGCUAUGGAUUUGGAAGUGUUAGCAGUGUUCUCUUUGAAACUCUCAUGGACCUGGUUGGACCUGCCAGAUUUUCCAGUGCUGUGGGACUCGCCACAAUUGUGGAAUGUUGUCCUGUUCUUCUCGGCCCUCCUCUUGCUGGUAAAUUGGUCGAUAAAACCAAAGACUACAAAUACAUGUAUAUAGCCAGUGGGGCAAUCGUGGUACUGUCGGGCAUCUGGCUCUUCAUCGGCAACGCCAUAAACUAUAGACUUCUUGCUAAGGAGAAGAAGAGAGAAAAAGCAAGGAAGAAGAAGUCCACCACCUACCCGUCCAGAGAGUCGGAGGCUUUGAGCAAGUCGAAAGAGGAUGCUGUGGCUGUCCAAGUUUCAACCGCAAACACUCCUCCCUCAGACAGAGAAAGGGAAAGUAAUAUUUAACACGAGUCUCGUCUCAAAUCAGUGUUGAUGAAUUUACUGAUGAGUUUCUUUGUGUCUUUCAAAGUGUUGGAAAAGAUUUUAGCUAGAACAAAGGAUCGCAGCAGACAAUGAUGAAACUGAGAUUUUUGAGAUCAUGCAUACAGAAAUUCCAUGCAGUGGCCUAUUUGCAUACCUGACUUGGGGAGUUGUCAGGAAAAAGAAGAAUUUUUAAAUCUUUCACUGACGUUUACUUUUAACUGUAGGAUGAAAUCUGCACCCCAGGCUCCUGGCUUACUUUAGCAUAUGUUGAAUUCUAUACAACGUCUCUCUUCAAAGUUCAUUUUUUUUAUUUGACAUUGUUAUGAAGUAAAUUGGGGACAAUUAUAUCUCUUUUCACACACAAAGAAUCACAUAUAUAUCCACACAAACACUGAGCAUCUGGAGACCAUAAAGAAAUAAAUGAAUUUGAAAAAAAAAUAUUAUUAUAGUCAUUUUUAAGUAAAAGAAAAAACUUGAGGGAGACAAUGGCAAUGUGUUUUAUUUCCAUGCAGUUUUACAGUAUGGAUUAAAAUAACAGUAUAUGUUGAAAAUCAAGAUGCUAAUAACUCAAAAAAGUAAGUAACUUCUACAACAAGAAAGAAGAAAUGUUUGUAAAGUAAGUUUGGCUAAAAAAAAAAAAAGACCCCUUUGCACAAUUACUUCUGUACACUCAUGCUUAAUCCGUGCAUACAGUUUCUUUAAAAGGUUGUGAUUAGUGCCUAGUGCUAGAUAAGAGAAUAACUCCCCAAGUAAUUUCUCAAAUUCUUAGCUAAUACAUGAGUUGAAUGAAAAUCUUAAUGACAUUGAACAAUCAGUUGAAUUCUACUGAUUUAAAAAGCAUCUUAACUCAUAAUGUACAACUUAAUGGUGACUCUUUUUAACCAGGGCUCAAUUCAGAUUCAAUGUUGUGCUGCAAUAUCCAAGCCAAAUAAACUAGAAUCCUAACUGACACUUUCAUGUAGACCAGGUUCUAUUUUUUUCCCAACCAAAGUAGUGAUACAAGCUCAGUCUUAUGAAUAAUUCAUAGGCAGACAGCUGACAAGAGUAGGGGGGCCAUUAUUGAGCCCACUAAUAUCUUCUAAUUCUUUACUAAAGUUAAGCAAAAGCAAAAACCAGAAACACCUAGGACUUGAAUUCAGUCCUUGAAGAUCUCUCAUGGUAGAAUAGAGGGUGAGGAAGCACUUGAAAAUUCUGCCCUCUACUGAUUUAAACUACCUGCUGCCUAAGCAGAGAACCAGGAAAUUGGGGUGUGGGGGUGGGGGCGACACGUCUAGAAGUACAAGCUGUGGGGACUUGUAGGUAUAUAGUUUAUAACACAGUGAUGACAUGUGGAAGGAUUGUUGCUCAGGUUAAUUUAGCAUGUUCUCAUUUUCCUACAUAAAAGUACCUGGGAUUCAGAAUCAUUCUUAAGACACUUUGGCAGAUCUGUGAUUUCAUUACAUAUAAAUAUCAACUGAAAUUAAAUAUUCAUGUAUGUCUCUUUUAAUUUUAUGAUGACUAGAGAGAACUCAGUGAUCUAUUACUAAGUGAUGCCACUCUAACAAUGUCCUUGUCUUUCAUUCUUUGCAGUAGAGGUGGGUGCUACUCUUACUCCUUAUGAGACUCUACCUAGACCCUGUACUUUUACUACAUUGACAUUAAAGGUUUGACUCUGUCAUAAAAUGUAUACACUGCUUCAAACAUGUGGUUCAUAUGUUCACAUUUAGGGAUUUUGUGUUCCUUCAUUUAACGUUUGCUUUUUUGAAUAUGGAAAUAUUUCCAACUUUCAGUUAUUUAAUAAAAACAAGAUGUGCCAAUAUCCUAGGGAAAUGAAUCAGGACAACAUGUGACACCAUAUGACUUACAAUGUCUUUUCUUUCUCCUUCCUUCCUUCCUUCCUUCCUUCCUUCCUUCCUUCCUUCCUUCCUUCCUUCCUUCCUUCCUUCCUUCCCCUUCUUCCUUCUUCCUUCUUCCUUCUUCCUUCCUUCCUUUCUCUUUCUUUCUUUUUGCAGCAUCUUUCCUUUAACUUGGUUCCACUACAUCUUGAGUCAGCUCCUUUGACAGGAUUAUCCCUUUCAUACUCACUUCUGUGGUCCUAAGUCAUUCUAGUCCAUCAUAAACACUUCCAAAAAGAAUGUCUUACACUCUUUGAAAAUACCUUUUUAAACUAAUAUACAUAUCAGACAGCAGAAGGAGAGGAACAGUAAGGCAGUGACCAUGGGAUUUUCGGGCAAACCCAUGUGCUCUGACUACCUGCUCACGGAGAUGCAGUGGGUGGGCUCUAGUGCCUUUCUUUCUCCUUGGGAAGAGGUUUAGUUACGUCAAUUGCUGGUGAAUCAAAUCAAAACCAAAUUACAUUUCCUUUGCUGCUUCUCAGUUGCCUUAAUUCACUUCAUUUCUAAUGGUUAUUGCAUUGAUUUUUUAAUGGAGUGGAAGGAUUGCAAAGCACAUGACCUGGUAUGUAGCAUCAUGCCAGAAACAUGGCAUUAUAAGUAUGUAUAUCUAUCACAGACAUGCUCUAAAUUAAGCCAUAACUCACCUGAAUCAGUAACAAAACCAUUGUAGAAAUAAAUCUACUUGCUUGCUCUUCCCAGUCCAUUGCACCCAUUGAAGCACUUGUUGCUUUAAUUAAGUCUUUCAAAGACUGAGGAAAGACUAUUGGCCCAAAGCUUUUGUUCCUACUGUCUGCAACUUUUAGGGCUGAAUACAUUCCUAUCACAAAAGAACAACAAAUUUUAGAUGUUCAAGAUAAGACUAAAGCCAUAUCAUUAAAAUCCCCACUAAAACCUAAUUAUCACAAAAUUAUGCAAAAGGAACUAGAGUACUCCUAAUUUCUGAUCAUUAGCUGGUUUACAUAUUUUGCCAUUUGCAAGUUGAACACUCCUCAUUUAUUGGUAUUUAACCUUAACUAUUUCUACAUUGUCCAUAGAGAGAUAAAUAGGUAUGGAUUUGUUCUUACCUGGUCUUCUCUCUAGAUCCUUUUUUGAAGAGGCAAUGGGCUAGGCAGUAAUAUGUAUCACAUUGAAGACAUGAUGUUUUCUCAUUAUAAAUUCAUGAUUCGUAGAGCUCCCCUCUUUGGUCUGUGUUCUAACCACCUUCACUUCAAUGGGCACAUGCUCUACCUGGGUACCAGAAAAUAAGUAAAACAAUUCAAUUUGGUAUGUUCAAAAUAUUCUGUAAAGACGUAAUUGUCUACUUACUUGCUUCCAGCCCUACAAGAUGACAAUCAAGAACAUAGAAAAGUAUAAAUAGAAUUUUAUACAGAUGUUAUAAAUAGCUGAAAUCACAUUUUAUCCAAAGAUACCUUAUAAAGAAUAAACAUAUAUAGACUAUUUCCAAUCUUCAAUAAAAUAAAUUAUCCUAAAUAUUUGUCUUAAUUUAAUGGGAGAAUACAAAGUGAAGAAGGAGCUAAGGGAUUUGUGACAUUUAUGUUACCUACAUAAUGCCUUUUAAUAUUAAAACCAAAGCCAUACUAGGAGUCAUUACCUUGAUAUAAUAAACACACACACACACACACACACACACACACACACACACACACACACAUGUAAGCUCAGGAAAUUACUCUAGAGUUAAAAAUACUAUAUUGUCAAACCAAAAUUUAAGUUUAGGUUUACCUAAAAGCAGAAAGAGUCCUCAGUGAAUUCACUCAGUUUACAAAUACAGUUAAUAGUAUCAAAAGCAAGUAAAAAGAUAAAUGCAAAAAAGCAAACUUUAUAGGGAAAUGAGACCUAACUGCAAUCUGUAUGAUGAUUUACUAUAGAUUCAUUAGCAGCUGAAUUUUCUAUAAGGAAAACAUAAUUUCCAAUUGUCUACUUCCCUUAUCAAAUUAUCUCAAGUAAAGGUAAUAAUCAUAAUAGCUAAAAGUGCUUUAAUGAAACAUUUUCUCAUAUAAAUGAUGGCUUACUUACAUGACAUAGGUGUCAUAUAUUUUCCCUGAAGAUGGAGUAAAAGAAAAUGUUCUUUAUUACACAUAAGCUAUUCCUAUAUUUGUUCCAACCUGUGAUGUAAACUGUAAAAAUUACUGACUGCAGAACAUUAACAAUUGAAUUUUAGUGAUGAUCCCAUUUAUAGGAUUACCCCCAAGAACCAAGAAACACUUAGGACAUUAGAGAGAUUAAAGUAAUUCAGUUCAUUAAUACAAUGUCUACUGAUUUUCAUUAUUUGCAAAAACAUUUCCUAAAUGGUUACUUUUCAACUUCCCCUGAGCAGGCUCCUUGUUCACUUGUCUCAUGGGGAACAUGACUAUUUCUGCUUUUGUCAUCUCUGGCUAGAGUGUUGAAGCUCUUAUGCAUCCCUCCUUGUUUGAGGAGAUCAAUCUUAAUGGAGUUUUCCUCAUGACGUCAUCUGUGGAUGAUGUCAUCCGUGGAUGACAUCAUGUGUGGAUGAACUCCUAUGUGGAAGGCCUCAGCUGUGAUGCAGAGGGUCUGAUUCAUUUGUGCAACAUAAAAGUAUGCCCACCCCCCCGAAGUACUACUUAUACUUAACAACUACUCAUCUUCACAAAUAGGAAAAGCCCUCCUCCAUCUAGGGUUGAGCAUUUCUGAGAUUGGAAAGGUGUUUGUGGCUUAGAAGACUUCUUUCAAGUGUGGAUUUUUCUGUGGGUAAGAUAAAUACAUAAUUGAGUCUGAUUUGGCAGAACCUAGCAAAACAAAUCAUUCUGUCGUUGGCACUUGCCUUCUGGAAUUUUCCCAAUAUUUUUGAAAGUGUCUGAGACCUUCAAGAAGUCAACUCAGCAGUGGCACCCCACUAUUUUGUCGAUACAGUAGUAGCACAGUGGUAUCCACAACUGUUUGUGAUUCCAAAGGUCAUUCAUAUUUUUUUUAAGCCUUGAGUGUAAUCCUAUCAAUUUUACAAAUUUGACUUCCGUGUAUCCAUAUACCUUCACAUGUUUGAGAACACAGGUAAAAAGCCAAGAGACACACACGUCAGAAGCUCCCAUGUAAUAAUACAAGUGGUCUUUUGUCGACACACUUAAAUGAACAAUGGACUGAGGCCAUCGUUUUUACCAUUCAAACUUAGUCUUGUUUGCUUUGAGUGUUCAUACUCAUUCGACUUUGAAUCUUCACACAGUAUUAUAUGGUUAGAUGUCCUCUCUGUGCUUUCUUUGCUCUCAUACCUUGGUGGACAGAGCCUUAGAAACUUGUGGUAAUGAGCAUUAUGAAUGAUGUUUUUACAAGUCUCUACAUUGAGCAAAAUUAACAUUGACAUUGAACAAAAUCACCCCUAUUCCAGUCCCAGCAGUUUUCUGUUCCUACCACCAUCCUCUGCCACUUAAUUUUUUUACUUUUUAAACUAAUUUCCUCCUUUCAUAAUGUUUGGAUAAACGUCUUUAAGAUUUUUGUCCUCCUCUUCUGGACAUUUCCCACAUAGAAUAUUCAUCAGUGGUGGUGGUUCAAUGAUGCUGUCAUUGUUCUCAUGGUCUUUUGUUUUCUAGUCUUCAUAGAGAAUUUGUUAAUAAGGUGAUCAGCAUUCAGCAGUAAUAAAGAAGGCCAGUGUAUCGCAAAUUUAUUAACAUUACAGUGCCUAAAUUUUCCCUACACACAAAACUGGCAUUUGUUUCUCUGAUUUUAAUUUGAAGGACAAAAUAAGCCAUGGAUGAAAUCAGCUUUAUAUGCAAAACAAGCCCUGAAUGAGUGACCAGUGGGGUAUGGUAAAGUAGGAAGCAUUUUUUUUUCAGAAAGAUUUUUAUUUCACUAAAUUCAGCGUGAAAUUUCAAAACAUUUGGCAAUGAUGUUUGUUCUGUAGUUUUGUUGUUUGCAAUUUCAUUUUUACUUUUAUAUGCAUCUAAUAAUGCUUUUGAUAGAUCUACUUUAUACACAACACGUUCGUUAAAAUAGACUGCAGGUUCCGAUGGCCUUUGCUUUCUACCACCUGCAUUGUAUUGACUGAAGUCUGAACAAUUCUAGACUUCUGGCAUAGGAGCUGCCAAUUGAAAUGCUGAUUUUGGAACAUUGGAUGCAAUUGUAAUUUGACUUGUGACACAGUUUUUUUUCGGCACACACAAAUAUCAAAGUUAUGUUUAGUUGGUUGAUUGCAUUGUCUUGCCCCUCUAAGCUAUUUCUUGUUAGUUGUCCCCCACUUUGCGGUACUAGAACAGAGCAGAUUAAAACAUCUGCUUAGGUGUAUCCCAGUGCUCAGGGUAAGAGCAGGAUUAAAGAUAGGGCCCAUCUUUUGACUUCCAAAACAUUUUUAUUUCUAUUCACAAGAUAAGCCCUGCUGUCAGCAAUGAUGACCUUAUAGAAUUAAUAAAAUAUUUUCCCUAGAAACAUACUUAAUAAUUCUUCAUAUUCAAUAUAAAUAUAUUUCUUCGAUCCUACUUUGCAAAGUCAAGUUUACAAACAAUUUGAAGAAUAUCUACUGAUUGCCACAGUAGAGAGUUCUGGAUUUGUCACAGAUAGUGACUAAUAUGCUACUAAAUUUUGCACAAUACAUGAUAUUAUAGUAGUAUCAAAGUCAUUCUAGAGAUACCAGUAUUAUGCUAAUAGAAAUUUAUAAGUUUUCCUUUAUUGCCCUUUUUGCCUAUAUCUAUACCUUAUUUUAAAAGAAACAUUCAAUUGUUUCCUAAAUAACUGCCAUCAUUUAAAUUAAGGGCAUCACUCAUACAAUGUUGUAAGAAGCUGAAGAUAUGUUAAGGAAAGUACUAGCAUGAGUUCUACCAGGCAAAACUAGAAACUUAACAGGAUGCUCACAACAAUGUAAUUAAAACUUUAAUGUCAGAGAACACCCUUUACCUCUCUUCUGCCUGCAUUUCUAGACUUGUCCUUUUUUUCAUACCCAUCCAGAAAGCAACAACAAACUCCCAAAAUCAUCCAUAAUGAGAUAAGUCUCAGGAAGACGGGUGGCGACUGUUUGGAAUUCAUUUCGGCAAAGUUCAAAAACAGUAUUCUGCACUAGAUACGUGUUUGCCUCAGUCAUUGGGGACAUCCGCCAUAGGGUCCACUGUAGUAAAAGUGUUGAUAAACCAACACGGCCCAGGAGAUUAUCGAGUGCAUAUGAGAAACCUUCACACCUCCCCAGACAGGUGUGUGGGGGUUGUACUCAGCCAGACGGAUGCCAUGUAACCAACUGCCAACAUUGUGAUGGGGAACAGCCUCGGUAACUGCAGCAUUACCUUUCCUGGUCAUGAUAAAGUCAAUUAUCAUAAUUUAGUCAGCAGUGUUGUAGCAUCAUUUCUAUGUUGGAGGUGAAAUUAGCAGGAUCUUCCCAAAUAGUCAUUAAAACUGUCACUUGACUUGAAGAGUUCUUGUAUAAUGUGUUAAUGAAUUAUUUUCUAAGUUGAAAAAUUCUCCAUUUGUGAAGGAAAUUUUGAAAAAUUGUUACAACUUCUAUGCUUUGGAUAAAUGUUUUCUUAUCAUAGUUUUAAAUCGGAGCUAAGAUUGUUGAGGGGAAAAGUUAGACAUAACUUGUUAUUAAUAAGACAUAUAUAAAGUAUACUAUAACCAUACUUUUUGAAAAAAUUCCUGAAGAGAUUGGGCAUCAAAGUUAAUCUGUAAAAUUAUAAAUUAUGCUGUAAGCUCUACUUCUAAGAUUUCCAAGUGCAACAUAAUGUGUUUUGUUCUCUAUGUAUCUUGAUGACCACUGAGCAAACCACCACAUGAUCACAUAAAUAUGGGUAUUCCCAGCUGUGCAUAGCAGCACUUGUUUUUGAUCCCAGCUCUCAGGAGGCAGAGCCAGGUGAAUCUCUGAGUUUGAAGACAGCCUGGUCUACAGAGCACGAUCCAGCUAUAUUCCCUAUGAUAGUGAAGUAAAGAUUAAGGUAGCCUUGCUUGACACCUAAGAGGAUUCAGUCAAUUCUUUCUACGUGAUCUAGGUCAUGGCCAUACCUGCCACACCUUUUGAAAGUAAAGUAUAAAAUAAUCAGUAUGGAUGCUUGUCAAAGUUUAGAAAUAUAAGAUGAUAAACUGCUCUUCUGUUGCCUUCCUCAAGUGACUAUAAUUUGAGUCAAUCUUUGUGUAUAUUUCUGGAAAUGUUUGUAGAUAUAGCAAUCCCUAAUUAAGGAAAUACACGUAUAAAAGUGACUCCCAAAUGAAAGAUAACUGGUGUCUUCAUAGAAAUUCAUAUUUUAUUUUAGUUAAAUAUUAUGUAGCUUUAUUUAAAUCAAGAAUACAUUGUUUGGGUGAUGAGCUCAUUUUUAAGAGAAUUUUCCUGAGUACUAGAGUCUUGCCCUGAUGUGGUGUCAUAUGGGCAUAAAGGUUUCAGAAAAGGACCUGGUAGAAUUUCUCUGUUUCGCUGUUUAACAGGUUUGAAAGAAAUGUCUAAUUCUUCUGUGAGAAUGUGUUUUGCUUGCUGUUUCAAAUAUAUUUCCAAGGUAGACUAUGAACUCCUUGUAGACAAGGAUGUUUCUAGAAUAACAACAUUUAUGCCCGGCAUAGGGCCAAGCAUAGAAUAAUUCCUCAUGGAAAUGAAUGAAUGGAAUGGAUGGACCUAGAUUUUCAAGAGUCCCACAGUAUUCUAUGAUGUGGCCUGAGGGAGAUUUUCUGACUAGUUUCAAACAAUAAGAUGGGAAACGCCUUGGAGUCUUUUGCCUACUCAAAAUUGAUAGUCUGUUUUGAGGGAUUCAUUUUCAUUUCCUUAGUCCAACUGUCUAUGCAAGUAUUGAGACAUGCAAAAGGUAAACUUGUUGGUACUUAUCAAUUAGUUUUAUUUUCUUUAUAAGGUCAUAAAUGCUCUAUUUAGGCUUCCUGGAAAUAUUGACAAUCAUUUUAAUUACUAAAGGUGCUACUUAUUUUCCUACAUUGACCUUGAUCAUGAAUGCUCCUGUCGGCUGAAUUUUGUGUUUUCUUUCUUUUUUUUUAGGGGUGGGAAGAGGUGCAAUAAAAUUAGAUUAUCUUUUUGUGUGAAUUAUGCAACUUAGGAAAGUCUGUAUCUAUUUGUACUCUAUUGUUACUGUAUUUUAAUUAUUACUGCUCAUGAAUUUUAUUGCAGGUAUGUGCUAUUUAUUAGAAAUUACAUGCGUAUAUAUUUCUAUAGUAUGUAAGAACAACCUGUAUUGCUCCUUAAAGUUAAAAUUAAUGUUCAUGUUGAAUUUUUGAAAUGAAACCUGUAACUGCUUUUUCUCAAGAACCAUUAAAUGCUAUGCUAUUCUAUGCUGAUCAAAACAAUGUCCAACUCCAGCCCACAUGUAAGGACACUCUUUUGUCUGGAUGUAUAUAACUGAUCAUUGGCAAUGGAAAGAUUAAUGUCAACAUGAAAAAUACAAACCAUUUCUGAUGGCUGAAAA